CGGGGGCGGCGGAUGACAAAUGCGGCGAAGCAAGGGUUGGGAGGACCGAAAGCGGCGGUCGGUCGGGGCGGAGCCGGGCCAGGCCCGGGCUGGCGCGGGAGGGGGUCCGGUUCGCGGCGCCCUGCCUGCCGGCCUAAUCCCUGCUGCUGGGGUGACCCGGCCGCCCGCCCCUUCCCCUCGGGUCUUCGUCGCGUUCUCGUGACCCGCUCGGACUCGGGGCCAUUCUAGUUUCCUGAGCCCGAAGUAAGCAGAGCCCGGAUGACGGUCUGGUUGCCUGGAGCUGGGAGGAGGAGACCCCUCUGAACUAAAGGCACCAUGGCCACGUCAGCCCCUCUGCGGAGCCUGGAAGAGGAGGUGACCUGCUCCAUCUGCCUGGAUUACCUGCGGGACCCUGUGACUAUUGACUGUGGCCACGUCUUCUGCCGCAGCUGCACCAGUGACAUCCGCCCCAUCUCCGGGGGCCGCCCUGUCUGCCCACUCUGCAAGAAGCCCUUUAAGAAGGAGAACAUCCGACCCGUGUGGCAGCUGGCCAGCCUGGUGGAGAACAUCGAGCGGCUGAAGGUGGACAAGGGCAGGCAGCCGGGCGAGGUGGCCCGGGAGCCUCGGGAGGCCAAGCUGUGCGAGCGGCAUCGAGAGAAGCUGCACUACUACUGCGAGGACGACGGGAAGCUGCUGUGCGUCAUGUGCCGGGAGUCCCGGGAGCACCGGCCCCACACGGCCAUCCUGGUGGAGAAGGCCGCCCAGCCCCACCGGGAAAAAAUUCUGAACCACCUGAGUACUCUAAGGAGAGACAGGGACAAAAUUCAGAGCUUUCAGGCGAAAGGAGAAGCUGAUAUCCUGGCUGCGCUGAAGCAGCUCCAGGACCAGAGGCAGUUCAUCGCAGCCGAGUUUGAGCAGGGCCACCAGUUCCUGCGGGAGCGGGAGCAGCACUUGCUGGACCAGCUGGCCAGGCUGGAGCAGGAGCUCACCGAGGGCAGGGAGAAGUACACGGCCCGGGGUGUCGGGGAGCUCAGCCGGCUGGCACUGGUCAUCUCCGAGCUGGAGGUCAAGGCACAGCAGCCGGCUGCAGAGCUCAUGCAGGACACCAGAGACUUCUUAAACAGGUAUCCACGCAAGAAGUUCUGGAUAGGGAAACCCAUUGCUCGGGUGGUUAAAAAAAAGACUGGAGAAUUCUCAGAUAAACUCGUGUCUCUGCAGCGAGGCCUGAGGGAGUUCCAAGGGAAGCUGCUGAGAGACCUGGAAUACAAGACAGUGAGUGUCACCCUGGACCCACAGUCAGCCAGCGGGUACCUGCAGCUGUCAGAGGACUGGAAGUGUGUGACCUACAGCAACCUGUACAAGAGUGCCUACCUGCAUCCCCAGCAGUUCGACUGCGAGCCGGGGGUGCUGGGCAGUAAGGGCUUCACCUGGGGCAAGGUUUACUGGGAGGUGGAGGUGGAGAGGGAGGGCUGGUCUGAGGAUGAGGAGGAGGGAGACGAAGAGGAGGAGGGGGAGGAGGAGGAAGAGGAAGAGGAGGCUGCCUAUGGGGAUGGAUACGAUGACUGGGAAACGGAUGAGGACGAGGAAUCUCUGGGUGAGGAAGAGGAAGAAGAGGAGGAGGAGGAAGAGGAAGUUCUGGAAAGCUGCAUGGUGGGAGUGGCCAGAGACUCUGUGAAGAGGAAGGGAGACCUCUCCCUGCGGCCAGAGGAUGGGGUGUGGGCGCUUCGCCUCUCCUCCUCGGGCAUCUGGGCCAACACCAGCCCCGAGGCCGAGCUCUUCCCGGCACUACGGCCCCGGAGAGUGGGCAUCGCCCUGGAUUACGAGGGAGGCACCGUGACUUUCACCAAUGCAGAGUCACAGGAACUCAUCUACACCUUCACUGCCACCUUCACCAGGCGCCUGGUCCCUUUUCUGUGGCUCAAAUGGCCGGGAACACGCCUCCUGCUGAGACCCUGAGCUCCGACCUGCCCACAGCCCCACAUCCACAGAGGCUCCAUUUCUCUGGAAUUCCAGGACUCUGACUUGGCGGGAGGUGGGGUGGGGGAGGGAAGACACCCCAUAUCCACUGGCACGCUCCAGCACUGGCCCCCUGAAGCCACACUCGAGCUACUGCCUUGUGGGCUUCUGCCUCCUACUGGUUUCCUGUGGGAACUUCUGCCCCAAGUCCAAGAGGGCUGCUUCCUCCUGGACCGCUGCCUUUGCCCCGCACUGCACUCUCUGUUGAAUUAGGGACUGCAGCAGCGUCUUGCUCAGUAUGGUGUCAGGUGCCAGCUGGUCUUAGAAAAGACCAGUUGAUAAAAGACUGUUCAGCCAUCCUCAAGACCCCGGCUCCCCUUGGCAAGUCCAUUGCACUGUGCUGCCUACCUCCCCUGGCAUUUUAAACAGACCUGCCUUGCCCCAACUCCAAGUUAGGCAUCCGUGAGAAUGCAGAAAACAAGCCAAAUGAAGAGCCACAGAGGCUUCAUGGGCCAUUCGUUUAGGGCCUGGAGUGCCCGUGGGACUAUCCUGUGAGGUCCAAGUGGAAUUCUUGCCUUCCUGAAACCAGGUUGUGCAUCUGAGGUUUCCAUGGCAAGGGAGGUGGGAUGCCUAGAGCCAUCUGUAAUCUUGGAAGAGGGUCUAGAUACACAUGGCUUUAUAGUAACAGCUGUGAUCAGCGUUAAAUAAAUUCUCUCUGGAUUGGUCCUUGUGGGGGCAGUUUUUGAAAGAAUCCAGAACUUCCUGUUCUUGAUAGGUGCAUCUGAAAACACCAUGGCAAAUACCCGGCAGAGCCUCAGACCCUCUGACCCUACUAAGCAUCCAAGGUCCACUUUCCUAGGUGGGGAUGGAGGUGGAAAGGCAGUUGGGAAGGCAGCAGCGGAGUCCACAGCGCACCUACUGGAUCUUCAUGUCGAGAGCAGCAUUAAAGUGACUCCUCAUUGCCUUCAGACGCAACCCAAGUCCCAGUCUCCAUCCAGGUACCCCUAGUACUCCAAGUUUAACACAGAUUCCUUGCUUCAGCCAAAUCAGUCCCCCAGUCUUCGUUCUUACUCAUUCCAAGCACUGUUGAUCCCCUACUUGUCCAGAUUUUAACCUCACCUGGCUCCGCUCUAAGAGCCUUCUGACCGUCUGAUGUCAGCAGUCCCGUCACCACUGCGUCUCAUUGCCCACUUUGUGUAUGUCACAUGCCGUUGAGUCACGUGUAUAUCUUGUUUCUAACUCUAGUUUUGUAAGCUCUUGAAGGCCGGAUACAGUGUCUUUUACUUCUCUUGUAUCCUCCAUGGCACCUACCUAGUGCAGUGCUGGGCACAUAGUCGGUGCUCAAUAAAGAUUUGUUAAAUGAA